CGGAGGCGUCGCCUUUAAAUGCUCUCAGCCGGGCGGCGGCGCAAAGGCAGCGCGCGUGGAGCCUCUGGGCGUGGGGGGGAAAAGAAGGGCAAGGAAAGCGCUCCGAUGCGUCCUGGACCAUGAGCAGCCCAGCCGGCUCCGUCGCCCCGCGGGAUUCCCUCGCCGCCUCGCCGUCUCUCUGAAGCCCCUCUCCGGCUGAUGCUUCCGCCCCUCUCCCUCCGCCAGCAUGUCCCGGCGAAAGAUCUCCUCGGAAUCCUUCAGCUCGCUCGGCUCGGACUACCUGGAGACCAGCCCGGAGGAAGAAGGCGAGUGCCCCAUGGCCAGGCUCCUCUGGAACGGCAGCCGGAGCCCCGCUGCCCAAUCCGGGGCUACCACUCCGGUCGCUACCGUUCCCCCGCCGCCGCCGCCAGAGGCUUUGGCGGCGGCGGCGGCGGCGGGUCUCCCUGGCCCGGUCCCGGCGGGCUCCCGGAGGGCUCCUCGCAGAAGGCGGGUCAACCUCGACUCCCUGGGCGAGAGCAUCAGCCGCCUCGCCGCCCCCACGCCACAGACCAUAAGGCAGACUCUCCAGAGGACACUACAACAUUAUGAGCAUCAAGUUAUUGGUUACAGAGAUGCUGAAAAGAAUUUCCAUAAUAUUUCCAACCGAUGCUCCUAUGCAGACCAUUCUGGCAAUGAUGAAACUGAAGAUGUCUCAGGAAUUCUCCAGCGUACAGCAAAUAUUCUUGGUUUAAAGUUUGAGGAGCUACAAGAGAAAUUCGGGGCCGAAUUCUUCAACAUCUGCUUCAGUGAGAAUGAGAGAGUUCUUCGAGCUGUGGGCAGCACCUUGCAAGAUUUUUUUAAUGGCUUCGAUGCUUUGCUGGAGCACAUAAGGACUUCGUUUGGGAGGCAGGUCACUUCAGAAUCUCCUUCUUUCCUAUGCAAAGAGCUCCCUGAAGGCAAACUUAUGCUUCACUACUUCCAUCCCCAUCAGAUUGUUGGGUUUGCCAUGAUGGGUAUGGUGAAGGCAGCAGCAAGGAAGAUCUACCAACUGGACGUUGAAGUGGAACAGAUAGUAAAUGAUAAGCUAUGUUCUGAGGACCUAAACCCAGGCAACUGCAGCUGUCUCACUUUUAUUAUCAAAGAGCGUGAAAACGCAAAGAUCACAAAAGCGCUUCCUCUGGGGACAUCUCAAUCCCCCUCAGAUCUGAGGAUAAGCAUUAACACCUUCUGCCGUGCUUUUCCUUUCCAUCUGAUGUUUGAUCCCAGCAUGUUGGUCCUGCAGCUGGGUGAAGGACUGAGGAAGCAGCUGAAGUGUGAGGUUCAUAAGACGUUGAAGUUCCAGGACUGCUUUGAAAUUGUUUCCCCUAAGAUUGCAGCCGUGUUUGAACGUGUCCUCGUGAGACUGUCCACCCCUUUCGUGAUCCGAACCAAACUUGAAGCCUCUGCCUCUGAAAAUAAAGACAAGGUCAUGGAAAUCAAAGGACAAAUGAUCCAUGUCCCAGAAUCAAACUGUAUUUUGUUUUUGGGCUCACCAUGUGUGGACAAGCUGGACGAACUGAUGGGUCGAGGCCUCCACCUUUCAGACAUACCAAUUCACGAUGCUACCCGUGAUGUCAUCCUUGUCGGGGAGCAGGCUAAAGCCCAGGAUGGCUUGAAGAAGAGGAUGGACAAGCUUAAAGCAACCUUGGAACGAACGCACCAAGCUCUAGAAGAGGAGAAGAAGAAAACGGUGGAUCUUCUUAUCUCGAUCUUCCCAGAAGAAGUAGCUCAGCAGCUCUGGCAAGGGCAGCAAGUUCAAGCCAGGAAAUUUGAUGAUGUUACCAUGCUCUUUUCAGACAUUGUUGGCUUCACUGCUGUCUGUGCCCAGUGUACGCCCAUGCAAGUGAUCAGUAUGCUCAAUGAGCUGUACACCAGAUUUGACCACCAGUGUGGAUUCCUAGAUAUCUAUAAGGUGGAGACAAUAGGGGAUGCAUACUGCGUGGCGGCUGGGCUACACAGGCAGAACCUGAAUCAUGCAAAGGCAAUUGCCCUCAUGGCCCUGAAGAUGAUGGAGCUGUCAGAGGAGGUGCUCACACCAGAUGGAAGACCAAUUAAG